AUGUUCAUCUUCUUCUUGUCUCUCGUGCUCUUGGCGGCCGCUGCGUCGGCCCAGAGAACCCAAGUCACUGUCGCCAACGGCACCAUCGAGGGCCUCACGUGUGUCCGCUCAGAUGUGGUCUCGUUUCUAUCUAUUCCCUACGCUGCCUCCCCGCAACGCUUCUCUGUCCCCAAACCGUACGACGCAAAGUACAAUGGCAGCGGUCUUCUCAUAGCAAAGACAGGCGCCCCCAGCUGUCCCCAGUUCAGCGGCGCAGGAGGACAGGAGGACUGUCUCUUCCUGGACGUAUACGCUCCCGCCAACGCCACGGACUCGUCCAAGCUGCCGGUAAAGGUCUGGAUCUACGGCGGAAGCAACGAGGGCGGAAGCAUUUCCCAGCCGACGUACACGGGCUGUCUGGCUGCCGUGGACUCGCUCAUGGUCAGCAUCAACUACCGUGUCGGGCCUCUUGGCUUCCUGGCCCUCCCGGAGGCGAACCUCACCGGCAACUACGGCACGCUCGACCAGCUGACCGCCCUCCGAUGGGUGCAAGACAACAUUGCCGCCUUUGGUGGCGACCCAGCUCGCGUGAUGGUGUUUGGCCAGUCAGCCGGCGCGCUGGACACCUUUGUGCUCAGCACGCUGCCCCAGGCCACAACCCUGAUGUCUGCUGCCGCCAUGGAGUCGGGUGGUGGCCGCAACAUUCCCAACAUCAGCGAGGUCGUCGACUGGAACCGAAAGUUCGCCGCCGCUGUCGGCUGCACGCCGUCCGAUGUGGCCUGUCUGCGCGGUCUUCCUCUGGCAACACUCCAUUCAGCCGGCGUGACUGUCGAGCUCGCUGUUGAUGGUGCCUCGGCUCCGCCCACCGCCAACACCCUGCUGCAGAACGCCGGCAAGGGAGCCACCUGGGGCCCCGUGGUCGACGGCACGAUCGUGCCCCGACAGCCGGCCGAAGCGGGCGUGCAGGUGCCCAGCAUUCUCGGCAGCAACACCCAGGACGGCUCCCUCUUUGUCGUCGACCAGUACGGCCCCCAUGCCCUGCAGCUCGGCUCCGACAGCUACGAACAGUUCCUGACGAGCAACUUCGGCGCCCUGGCUGACUCUAUCGAAAAGACCUUUCCGCUGGCUUCCUUUGAAAGCUCCAUCCCGGCAGACCUGCAGGCCCUCAAUGCCACCACUGCCUACUUCGCCAUGGUCAGCAUCAUGUCCCACGUCCGGUACACCUGUCCGGCCCGUCGUGCCCUCAUCUCGGCGGCUUCGCGUGGCAUCAAGGCGUACGGUUACCUCUUCGAUCACACACCAUCGUGUGCCUGGUUUCCCGGCAUGUCCGACACGGAAAUUCUCGGCCCUACCCACACGGCCGAAAUCCCCUUUGUCUUGGGUCUGACGAGAAACUUGCCACCGCCUUCCGGCCACUGCAAUCUCACGACGGCCGAGGACGACAUCGCAUCCUUCAUGCUCGGUGCCUGGACAAGGAUGGCUGCUACCCGCCAGCCCACGACCGACAAGGAUAGCAGCAGGUGGCCUGCUUGGAACGAGGGCAUCGGUACAGGGCUGCUGGUCGGCGCUGGCCAGGUCUCUACCGGAUACAUCAACUACAGCAGCUGUGAUUUCUGGGAUCAGGUCGAGGCCUCCAUUGUCAGGCUCGAUGCCAGCGGCAACCUGACGGCAACUGCCUCUGCCUCUGCUGCCAGCAGCUCUCCGACGACGAAGAAGAAGAGUGCCGGAUGCCAUGCUGCCGCUGCUUGGCCCGCUCAUUACUCCGUUAUUACUGCCAUAUUUUCCAUCAUCACUGCCGGCUUUUUCUUGUGA